UCGGCCAUCAUCUGAGAACUGUCGCCGUCGUGAAACAAGACUUCACGCGUCAAAAGUGAAUAAGUGUGACGUAACCUUCCCGUAGAGCUUCCAAGGGGCCAGAACACUGCUGUUCUACGCCCAGAACUGCCAGAAAAUGGAUAUGCUGAAGUGACACAGACGCAUUCGUUCAGGAACGAACUUUUUUCGCUGUCUCGCACUGCAGUAGCUUUCGUAACCUUGGCGUGCAAUGUCGAAGAAACUUGGGGAACGUUGUGAACACGGCGACGACGAUGAUUCGGACACGUCAGACACCGAGGGGGAAGAGGAGCGGGUGCAACUCUGGCAGUACACCCUUGGGCGGCGGUGUAGCAGGACUGACCUUGGCGAGCUCUGUAACACCCUUUCGCACUGGAGUGGUCACCGUGACUGGGCACGGGCAGUUUGCACCUUGCUGCCAUCACGGCGCCGAAGCACUGCUUAUUCUGAACGGUUUGCUGCUGCAACCCUGCCAGCCAUGUCAAGGGCAUCCAUUGAAGACCCGGACACUCUAAACGUGCGGCGGCAGUUGUCGUCCGCAUCACAUAGACGGCGAACUGGCUCCAGCUGCUUGAAUCGUGCCUUGAGUAUGCGUUCACCAGGUGGUCUUGAUGCCUAUGAUUCAGUGUUUGAGUCGGGACUGGAGGAACCGCUGAGUGAGGAAGAGCAAGCGGAAAUGCGGGCCGCCAUUCGCAGCCUCCCUGUGCCACUGGCAAUGCGUAGAUUGUUUCGAAAUCAACUGCAGAGGUCGCCACCGCACGAAGGGGAGAAAUUUGAUGCCUGGAACUUGAAAAGCUUCAAGGCAAUGAAGAAAGCCUCAGAACUUGGCAGGGAUAUCACAGCAUGGCUCACGAUGUGGUCAAGUGCACUUAAAACCAUCGAAGGUCACUUUGGCACUGGGGUGGUGUCGUACUUCCUUUUCCUGCGCUGGCUACUGCUGCUCAACCUGCUCAUGUUCAUGCUGCCGGCACUGUUCAUCAUCACCCCGCACUGGAUUCUGCCAACUGUGUUCGAGCCAAAUGAAACAAUGGCUUCCACUGCAGUUACUGGCAUGCCGACACUGCCACGAAUGAUGGCAUGGUCAGUAAGGCUGACUCCACCAAACCAGCUUUCUGAAGAAGCGAUGAGUGAUGUCUGGGCAGCUGGCAACCGCACCUUGCAGAAGAUGCAACAGUGCUACGACGAAUACCACCUUCAAGUGACCGGCCAGACCAAGGGGGGCAUCUCACCGCUACAGGACUUCCUCCAAGGAACGGGCUGGUUGGAACUGACAGCCCUGUUUGCUGGUCGUUACAUCAACUCGGUUGACCACAUCGCAGGCACCAAGCUUCGCUACAACUUUCCCUUGGCCUACGUGUUGACCAAUGUUGCCUGCUUUGUGCUCUGUCUGCUGCUUAUGGUUCGAUACACGACAGCUGGAGUGCGGGAGUCACUGCUGGUGUCGGAAGGGAAGCUGCAUCGGUACUGCAACAUGGUGUUUGCCUCCUGGGACUUCUGCAUCACCGACGAGCGAACUGCACGACUGAAGCAUGUCAGCAUUGUUCAGGAGCUCAAGAGUGACCUGGCGGAGGAGCGUCGCAGAGCAGAGAUUGCCAGCUGGACUCGGAGCAAAAAAGUUGGCCUGUUCGUUGUGCGACUCUUGGUCAACCUCUUUGUGGUUGCUGUCGUGGUGGGCUCUCUUUUCGCUGUCUACCAUGCAACUAAAUUCUCAUUUCAAAGGCAAUCUCAGGCCCAGACCACUCACAAGACCCUGGCACUGGUGAUUCAAUUUGUGCCUUCGUUGGUCAUCACGGGCCUCAACAUCAUUGUACCUGCACUCUUCUCGAAGCUCAUUCGGCUGGAGAACUACUCGGUUGCAUAUCAAGUCAAGCUCACCUUGCUCAGGACAGUGUUCCUGCGCUUCACAUCCAUCUUUGUGCUGCUGCUGUCUCUGUACAAGCAGAUCAACUGCUCCCCCGUCAAGGAAGACAACUGCCUAGAAGGUGAUGGGGAUUGCAAAAAGCCAAUGUGCUGGGAAACGGCCGUUGGUCAGCAGAUCUACAAGCUCACUAUGUUGGACUUCAUUGUUGGAGUGACUCUAGUCUUCGUUGUGGAGUGCCCGCGAAAGUUGAUAGUCACUCGCUGCCAGUGCAAACUGGCGAAGGUGAUUGGCCAGCAGGAGUUCAACAUUCCAAACAGAGUCCUGGAUCUCGUCUAUUCUCAGACACUUUGCUGGCUUGGGACUUUCUACUGCCCACUCUUGCCUGCCAUCACCCUGAUCAAGUACUUCAUCAUCUUCUAUGUGCAAAAGUUCACACUGAUGAACAACAGUGCGCCAUCUCAGACGCCAUAUCGAGCCUCUCGAUCCAAUACGUUCUUUGUCAUUGUCCUGUUGUUGGCUCUGUUCCUUGCUGUGAUCCCAUUCUCUUAUGCCUUAGUCGAGAUACAGCCAUCGCUGUCGUGUGGGCCAUUCCAGAAGUUUUCUUUCACGUGGGAGGUGGUGCCUAAUUUAAUCAAUUCGUGGAAAGAUCAUCCAUGGGGACGGUAUGUGGUCAAGGCAGUGAACUUCCUCACCAGCGUUGCAUUUGGCGUGCCUGUGGUCGUGGUGUUGGCCAUCAGCAUCUACUACUACUACUCUGUGGCAGCUGCACAUGCUCACAUGGAAAAGGUCCUCAAGGACAAGCUUGUCCUUGAAGGCAAGGACAAGCAAUUCCUUCUUGCCAGGAUUACUGAAGUUGCACGUCAACGACCUUCAUCAACAGCGUAGCCUUGGGUGCACUCUUGUGGCGACACUAUUUGAUGUGGCCUGUUCGCAUCAAAGCUUGUUAAGUACCACCUCAAGUGCCCAAGGCGGAUGCCGUGUCUCAACUUGGAAUGCAGUAGCAGCUGCAGUUGAAGUCUUUCAAUGCCUGCGAUGAACUUGUAGCUGAACUGCACCCAGUGUGGCUAUGGUAUUUAGGCAUCAGGCCUGCGUUUGUACCUAUACAACCUUCCACGGUUGUUUUUUAUCGUUUCGUGCAAGUUUCAUUGGACAGGUAUGGGCUGUUGCAACUGCAUUUUGAGCAGGAGUGGUGAGUGGUUAGCUUUCAAGAUUGCUGUUCUAUGAUCUGUAAUCUCUAUCCACAGCUCUCUGGUAGAAAUUAGGCAUUUGUACAGCAGGUUCAGAGCACAGUGGUGAUAACCUGUUUGUGGCCACAUUGCAGGAACAGUUGUAGAGUUAGCCAAGUUUGUGUGGCAUGGCUUCAUAUGGCUACAACUAACGAAAUCGAUCCUGCAGUCAGUUUCACCUUCGUGUUCAUGGCUGCGUGAAGUUACUUGAUCCUACUUUCCCAAGCAACCACUGCUACGUUUUUUGCAACAUCGUCUGUAAAGCCCGCUAUAAGCUGAGAAAGACUAGCUGGCUGCCUAAGUGCAUUUCGUGCUUAAUUUUAUUAUUAACUCUGAUGCGUCCUCUCUCUGGACAGUUUUACGAAACAUGUUUGCUUUUAGGGAUUAUGACUGCCUAUUACUUUUAAGCGACCUGAUUGAAUUUUGUGCCUUAAUAUGGAAGACUGUGAUACAUAGUAUUUAAAGACAUAUAACCUGUGUAAUGGCUUCAAGUCCAUAAAUCUGUAAUGGCAUGGGUGAAACCUGCGCAAUUGCUGCUGGUCAGAUAUCCUGGACAGGGGUGUUCAUGUUCUUUGGUUGCAUCACGCCUAGAUCACCUAAGGUUUGUGGUCCAGCUUCGUAUUACAAGCUUUAACCAAGUGUCAGUUAAAUGUCUGCCAACUCACUUCGUGUGGCCACAUUUUUAUCAAGUUUCCCUCAAUUUAUCCGGAUCAUCUCUUUAUUGGGAAUUCUAGUGUGUGUGACGCUUUUUGAUUGGAAUUGCUCGCACUGUUCAGAUUUAAUCUCUCCUUGCAUGAAGAAGUCUCAGUUUUCAAGGACCACAUUGCUACUGACUUUUUAGAAACGGCAUUGCUUGUGUGUUCCCUCAGGGGAUCGAAUGUCUUGCGGUAAGUAGCUGAUCUUUGCUGAAGGAAAUUGCACACCUGGCUGUUCUUAUUAUGACACUUUUGUCACAAUAUUUCCUGCACACGCUAAAGGUUGUGUUAGCCCCUAGUUGGGGUUACUUUUUAGCAUGUUGUUGUUCUCGGUUGCUGACCUUUCAGUGGAAAGAAAAAAGUUUUAUUGUAUAUACUGUUGUUUUAUACUUGAAUGCAAGUUUUUGUACUUGUGUGUAUUGAAUAAAGUGUAGUUAGUGUUAGAA